CGGCCGACAGUAAUGUGAUCUCCAGGCUGGGACCGCGGGGUUCCUGCCGGCUGUGUUCGGGCCUAGGACUGGAUUGAGGAGCCACGGUGCGGAUCCACCCGGGGUAUCAGGGGCUAGGCACGUGAUGAAAAUGAAGGACGCGGAUACCAGGACAGGAAUCUCCUGGUUCUUAGAGAAUUUAUUUCGCCACAAAUAAUUGGCAAACGGAAUCUCGCUGUAUUGCCCAGGCGGGUCUCGAACUCUUUGGCUCAAGCGAUCCUCCCGCCUCAGCCUCGCGCAUUGUUGGGAUUACAGACGUGAGCUACAGUGCCCAGCCUAGGAUUCUUUUAAAACUUGAAUCUGAUCGUGCCUCUGCCGUUAUUGGAACCCAAUGCCAUGAGCACCGGUCCACCACCACACACCCCCUCUCCAGCCACCCUGGCCUUCGUUCAGGCCUUUGUGUUUUCUUAUUAGUAAUUUAAAAGGGAAUCUUAUUUGACAGUUUUUUGACAAAUAAUAUAGUCUUCAGGAGGGGAUCCUGCCCCAGAGGCCCCUGGCUUGCAGUGGAAUGCAGGGCCGUGUGCAGGAGAGCCUGCUCAAGUGCCGCCUGACUUUUCCCUCCUUAGGUGGAGACCAUCCAUGGAAAAGAACGCCCCUGAUAAUACGGGCCCCGUGCACGUGCCUUUGGGGCAUAUUGUAGCCAAUGAGAAAUGGCGCGGGUCACAGCUGGCGCAGGAGAUGCAAGAUGCUGCGUUCUUUAUGUCACUGAAGCUGAUUUGGUGGCAGGAAAUGGCUACAGAAAGAGGCUUGUUCGGGUUAGAAAUUCCAGUAAUCUUCAAGGAAUUGUAGUUGUUGAAAAAACCCGGAUGAGUGAACAAUACUUCCCAGCCCUACAGAAGUUUACUGUGCUGGACCUUGGAAUGGUGCUGCUUCCAGUGGCCAGCCAGAUGGAAGCAUCCUGCCUCGUUAUCCAGUUGGUUCAAGAGCAAACCAAAGAGCCCAGUAAGAACCCUCUUCUCAGGAAGAAACGGGCCCUGCUGCUGUCUGAGCCAUCGCUCCUUCGAACCGUGCAGCAGAUCCCAGGAGUUGGAAAAGUUAAAGCUCCCCUUCUCCUCCAGAAGUUUCCAAGCAUCCAGCAACUGAGUAAUGCUUCCAUUCGGGAACUGGAGCAGGUGGUCGGACAAGCAGUGGCAAAGCAGAUCCAUGCCUUCUUCACACAGCCCAGGUGAUGGUUGGCCUCAGGGCCACAGUGUCUUCUCCCGAGACCACAAACACCAGGAUCUUGUUUUCAGCUUUAAAAAGCAAGAGAAUGGGCCGGGCACGGUGGCUCAUGCCUGUAAUCUCAGCACUUUGGGAGGCCGAAGCCAGCAGAUCACCUGAGGUCAGGAGUUCAAGACCAGCCUGGCCAACAUGGAGAAACCUGUCUCUACUAAAAAUAGACAAAAUUAGCCAGGCAUGGUGACAGGCGCCUGUAAUCCCAGCUACUUGGGAGGCCGAGGCACGGGGCAUGGGAAUCACUUGAACCCGGGAGGCGGAGGUUG